CGGCCACACAUGGCCUCCAUCACCUUCAAACCAACUCAACUCCAACUCUACUCCUUUACUCAUUCUUCUUCUACUCUAAGCCCCUUUAAGUACUUUCAGACUGCACCAAUACUAUUACUUGAAUCCCCAAGAAUCUCAUCUUCCAUUCAUGUGACUCACGUUGAGAAAAGUUUGUCCAUUAAACCAGAGCAAGAAACUUCAGGCACCAGAAAACACAGUAAAACUAAUAGUAAUGAAAAUGGUUCUGGGUUUUCUUCCUUGAGUCCCAAAGAUAAGAGAAAAGAAAAUUCUGGAGAGGAAAAUGGUGCCAAAAGAGUCAUUCUUAAAGACAGAAAUGCAAAAACUGGAUUAAAACCUAACAGAAGUAGAGAAUUGGGCUCUGAAUCUUCUUCAAAAAGGACAGUACUGAAGAGUAAAGGUUAUAAGCUGAAUGAGCAGAAAAUUAGGAAAGAUUGUCUGAAGAUGGAGAAGGGGUUAAAGAAGAGUAAAAUUGAUUCACCAGGAGCUACUUUAAGGAUUGGAUUAGAUAUGUGCUCAAAAAGAGGAGAUGUACUUGGUGCAAUAAGGCUGUAUGAGUUGGCAUUGCUACAAGGAAUAUCAAUGGGACAGUAUCACUAUGCUGUACUUCUCUAUCUUUGUGCUUCUGCAGCUACUGGUGUUGUUCAGCCAGCUAAAAGUGGAAGUGGUAACAGAACUAUGAAUUCUCUUGACUUGCCCAAGGAGUUGAGCCUUAAUGGCAAAGUAAUUGAGCAUGACUCAAAUGGGAGAACUAACUUAACUAGUUUGCUGACUGAUUCUCACCCUCAAACUUUAGAUGAAUUUGUUCAGUUGAUCAAGACUAGUGCAAAAGCUUCUAGUGUGAGAGGCGUUGAGCAUGAAGAUUAUGGAAUUAAAGUGAGUGAAGAUGUAAAGCACUAUGCGCUUACAAGGGGUCUUGAAAUCUAUGAGAAAAUGCGCUUAGAGAAGGUACAAAUGAAUGAAGCAACCCUUACAUCUGUUGCAAGAAUGGCAAUGGCAUUGGGAAAUGGUGACAUGGCAUUUGAUGUUGUAAAGCAAAUGAAAGAAUAUGGAAUAAACCCGAGAUUGCGAUCUUAUGGUCCUGCCCUAUCUGUUUUCUGCAAUAAUGGGGAUGUUGAAAAGGCAUUUAUUGUUGAAGAACACAUGUUGGAGAAUGGUGUCUAUCCAGAGGAACCUGAAUUGGAGGCACUUCUAAAAGUUAGUAUAGAAGGUGGUAGGAGUGAUAAGGUGUACUAUUUGUUGCAUAAGCUUCGAGAAGGAGUUCGACAAGUCUCAACUUCUACUGCAGAUUUGAUUGAGAAGUGGUUCAACAGCAAGGUAGCUUCAAGGGUGGGGAAAAGAAAAUGGGAUGAAAGAUCCAUACUUAAAGCUAUUAAAAAUGGAGGUGGUGGGUGGCAUGGACAAGGCUGGUUGGGUAAUGGAAAAUGGAGUGUAUCACGUGCAUUAGUUGGCUCUGAUGGCUGCUGCAAAUGCUGUGGUGAGAAGCUGGUGACCAUUGAUCUUGAUCCUAAAGAAACUGAAAAGUUUGCCAACUCUGUUGCUUCUAUAGCUGCACAAAGAGAGAGAAAUUCGAGCUUCCAGAAAUUUCAAAGAUGGCUUGACUAUUAUGGACCAUUUGAAGCUGUUGUUGAUGGAGCAAAUGUUGGCCUUUACAGCCAAAGAAAAUUUAGGCCAUCUAAGGUCAAUGCUGUCGUCAAUGGAAUUCGCCAGAUGCUUCCUUCGAAAAAGUGGCCAUUAAUUAUUUUGCACAAUAGACGUAUUAUUGGAGAUAAGAUGGAUGAACCAUUCAAUAGAGCGUUAAUUGAGAAGUGGAAAAAUGCAGAUGCAAUCUAUGCAACACCUACCGGUUCAAAUGAUGAUUGGUAUUGGCUGUACGCAGCUAUAAAAUUUAGGUGCUUACUUGUGACCAAUGAUGAGAUGAGGGAUCAUUUGUUUCAACUCCUGGGAAAUGACUUUUUCCCAAAAUGGAAAGAAAGGCAUCAGGUGCACUUCAGUUUCUCUGAAACAGGUCCAGUGUUUCACAUGCCUCCUCCAUGUUCUGUUGUAAUUCAGGAGUCAGAAAAAGGAUGCUGGCAUGUACCAGUUGUCUCACAACUUGAAUCCAAAGAGGAAAGGACGUGGUUGUGCAUUAGGCGUGCCAAUUCACCUAUGGCAAAUCAAGAUUCUGCCAGUGUAGACAUAUCCAAAAAUGUUGGUGAUCCCACUCACAACCGCCUUCCUGCGUCGCACUCACCUCACAACAAGGGAGAUGCAAAGCCAAGCACGACAAGGAAAAAUCUAGUUAAGGUGAUAGGAAAAACGCAUGGCAGCCACGGUCGGGGUAAGGAAGCACCUGAAGAGACAUAUAGAAGUCUUAAAAAUAUAUUACAACAGUCAAUUGCAGAUCAUUGUUCGAUUCUUCCAGAACUGGAGGCUGCAGAGGAGUUAGGAAGUUGCAUAGUUGAUUUCCAAAUAUAAUCUCUUUAGUGUAGACUUUGGACCUUUUUGACACAAAAGAUGGUGCAAGGAAACUUAGCAAGAUUUGCUUUUAUAGCUUUGGGGCCACUGCAUGCUGCCUCCAUUCCAAUGUCAUGGGGUUGACAGCACUUUCUAGUUUCUAGGUAUACCACAUACUUGAACAAGAGUUGAAUUUUGAAUCUUUCGGCUAUGUAGAUUAGGUAGGAGUUUCCUGGGACUUGGGAGGAGAAGAAAUGGGAUGACAAGGCUUGUAGCAAUUUGUAUAAUUUUUGUCUACAUAAAAGGUAGUUUACAUAGUCUUUAUGGUGAAUAAUUUUCUUCAA